GGCGGCCUGAGGGCGGCACGGGGCUGCGGCGGCGCCUCCCGCGGCGGGAGGGGACCCGGGGCGCGGCGCUGCUCCAUGUCGGCCCCGUCCUGCGGGAAAUAUGAUCAGCGCCCCUGACGUGGUGGCCUUCACCAGGGAGGAGGAGCUGGAGGAUGAUCUGUACCGCGAGCCGCCCCUGCCCGAGGAGUACUCGGUGCCGCUGUUCCCCUUCGCCGGCCACGGCGCCAACCCCUGGGCCAAGGUCGCCGGCUCCAAGUUCACCCGGGACUUCAUCCUCAUCUCCGAGUUCUCGGAGCAGGUGGGGCCCCAGCCCCUCCUGACCAUCCCCGAUGACGCCAAGGUGUCGGGCACCUUCGACCUCAACUAUUUCUCCCUGCGGAUCAUGUCUGUGGAUUACCAGGCGUCCUUCGUGGGGCACCCCCCCGGCUCUGCCUACCCGAAGCUGAACUUCGUGGAGGAUUCCAAGGUGGUGCUGGGGGACUCCAAGGAAGGGGCUUUCGCCUACGUGCACCACCUGACCCUGUACGACCUGGAAGCCCGUGGCUUCGUGAGGCCCUUCUGCAUGGCCUACAUCUCUGCUGACGAGCACAAAAUCAUGCAGCAGUUUCAGGAACUCUCCGCCGAGUUCUCCAAAGCCUCCGAAUGCCUCAAGACGGGGAACCGGAAAGCCUUUGCCAACGAGCUGGAAAAGAAACUGAAAGACCUCGACUACACCAGGACUGUCCUGCACAACGAGACCGAGGCACAGAAGAAAGCCAACGACAAGGGGUAUUACACGACCCAGGCCAUCGAGAAGGCCAACGAGCUGGCCAGUGUGGAAAAGUCCAUCAUCGAGCACCAGGACCUGCUGAGACAGAUCCGGUCCUAUCCCUACAGGAAGCUGAAGGAGUCAGAGUUCCACCCCUACGAGCCGGAGUGUGCACUGGAUCGGGCUGGCACGGGCUGCGAUCAGGACUCGGCCCCCUCUGACCCUGCAGAGCCCGGUGAGACGCACCUUUACACCCACAUCCCGUCCUACACCCCCAAGCUCAUCAAAGCCAAGUCUGCCAAGUGCUUUGACAAGAAGCUGAAGACGCUGGAGGAGCUCUGUGAUGUUUAUUUUUUCACCCAAACCCUUGACCAGCUGCACCAUAUCGAGAGGACUUUCCGAGGUGACGUGUGUUACCUCCUGACGGAGCAGAUCAGCCGGGCGCUCCUGAAGCAGCAGAGCGUCACCAACUUCCUCUUUGAGGAUUUGUCUUUUCUGGAUGAAAAACCUCCUGAAAAACAGUACAGAGGCUGCCAGGGGCUCAGCCAAGAUGCCAUGGAUGGAAAGUGUUUGGAAGAGCCCCUCACCCCUAAGGUGGUCAUCAGCCUGGGCUCCUACAAGUCCAGCGUGGAGUGUGUGCCCAUCAAGAUGGAGCAGGAGAUGGAGGACUCCGAAGAACCCAAAAUGUCCGAGUCCGUGACGUCCGAGCCCCAGGAGAACCUGGACUACCUGGAUGCAGACAUCAAAGGCAGCAUCAGCAGCGGGGAGAGCAUCGAGGUGCUGGGGACGGAGAAGUCGGGCUCGGGGCUGACCAAGUCGGAGAGCCAGGCCAGCCUGCCCGUCAUGCCCAGCCCCCAGGCGGGCCGGAGCAAGGUGGGCAGCCGGCGCACGGUCAGCGAGGACAGCAUCGAGGUGCUCAGCACGUGUCCCUCCGAGUCCCUCAUCCCGGAGGACUUCAAGGCGAGCUACCCAAGUGCCAUUAACGAGGAGCCCUACGCGGACAACGACGACGAGCGCGGCCUUCGCUUCGCCCCCAGACUGAGCCCGGGCGUCGUCGACGAGCGGGACGACGUCUCCAAGCAGGAGAGCUUGGUGCAGGUGGAUGCUGCCUGCUGCAUCGGGAAGGAGAGCCCCAACUUCCUGGAGCCCCUGCCCGAGCUGGGGCAGAAGCCGUGCGAGGAGGACGGCGUGGUGCGGAUCCCGCCGCAGCCGUACCGGGCGGCCGAGCAGGGGCUGCGCGGGGGCUUCCCCGCCCACGACGGCGCCCCGGGGGGGCUCCUGCCCUACGAGCUCGACUCGCGCUACCUGUCGGGCAGCAGGGAGGUCAGCAAGAGCAGCCUGGACGAGUGCUCGGACUCCACGAGCUACAUCAGCAGCGCCGCCUCCACGUGCUCCGACAGGACCCCUUCUCCCGCCCGUGCCGCCUGCCCGGCCGGGGAGAGGCACAGGAAGAGGGCCGGGCAGAACGCGCUGCGGUUCAUCCGGCAGUACCCCUUCGCCCACCCUGCCAUCUACUCCCUGCUCAGCGGCAGGACCCUGGUGGUGCUGGGGGAGGACGAGGCCAUGGUCAAGAAGCUGGUGACGGCGCUGUCCAUCUUCGUGCCCAACUGCGGCGCGUACGCCAAGCCCGUCAAGCACUGGGUCACCUCCCCCCUGCACCUGGUGGAUUUCCAGAAGUGGAAGUUGAUCGGACUCCAGAGGACGGUGUCCCCCGCGGGGGUGAACGUGCUGCACGCCCUGAGCCGCUACAGCCGCUACCUGAGCAUCCUGGACGCCGACAGCAAGACCCUGCGCUGCCCCCUCUACAAGGGCACCGUGGUGGCCCGGCUGGCCGACCACCGCACCCAGAUCAAGCGGGGCAGCACCUACUACAUGCACGUCCAAAGCAUCCUUACCCAGCUCUGCUCUAAAGCCUUCCUCUUCACCUUCUGCCAUCAUUUGCACCUUCCCAUCAGCGAAAGGGAACCGGAGGAAUCCGUCGUGAACCGCAGGAUGAACUUCCUGAAGCUUCAGCUGGGCCUCGCCAACGAAGAUGUCAAAAUCGUGCAGUAUUUGGCCGAGCUGCUGAAGCUGCACUACAUUCAGGAACCGGGGCAGGGGGGGAGCCCCCUGCUCAGAUUUGACUACGUCCCCAGCUUUUUGUACAAAAUCUAGCCUUGCCCAGGCCGUGUGCCCGCGUGCUCAGAGUCUGACAGAGCUCAUCCGUGCUUGACAUCGCCACUGUCUGCAGUAGCUCUCCCGCACCGGGAAGGGGCCGAGGGGUUUGUGUGUCUGCUCCGCAGGAAGCCGUGUCUGUGGCAGCAGAUUCCCGGGCGUUCCCUAUGGCCAAGAGCGUAUGUGUUCCAUCACAUAAACCAUCAGGCACUGUGUAAAUGUUAGAAGGGGCACUGUUAACCUUUAAAGAGGGUCCUGACAGCAUCCCAGGGGGAUUGUGGCAUGGAGAGAGGUGGGGCUGUCUCGGAGAUCAACACUUACUUACUAGUGUGCAGCCCCUGAAAGAUCACAGUGCUCUGCACGCUUCUGCCAGAGCCCUGCCAGUCCCUUCCGUUGGAGCCAGGGCAGAGACCAGAGGGGAGAUGUCGAGGCCACGUGAAGGUUUUAAUCCACUGGUGUGUCAUGUGAGUGCAGCUCAGAGCUCCCUGGCAGGGUGGAAGGUACCCGUCUGUGCACAGCUGUGCUGAUGGUGUCCCUUCCUGCAUUUUCUGAGUUUCCUGGCACUUCCCAGGACAGGUUGUCCCUGGGUGGGUGGGAGCACGGUGGAGGCACAUGUGCUUCUCUCCAGGAAGCGUUUGCCAGUUUCCCCCAGCUCUGUUAAAAUUAGGAAGGUGGAAGCACUCCCUGACGCUGGGCCCCGAGGCGCCGGCUGCCGUGAAUGUAGAGCACUGUGCCUUGUUCAUUUGUCACGUCCUAUUUGCUGGGCGACCUCUGAGAAGGCUGGAGGCAGACUGGGGUUCCUCAAAGCGGGUGAUGUCAGGGGUGGCUUUUAAAGGAGAGAAGGGAACUGAAUGAGGGUGAGUGCCCUCAUUUUUAGGUGCUUUUUGUGAUGGGGAAACGAUGCGAUUCAGCUGGAGCUACGCUGAGACAGCAGGCUGUUAGCACAGGCUGCCUGGCUGGUGAGGUACUAGUGCUCAGGAGAGAUCAGGGAUGAAUGUACUGGAUUCCACGUUGUAUCUGUAAUAGUUUAUUUUAUUUUUUUUUUUUGUUGGGGAGUUGAUGCUUGUGCUUUGUGGUAAAACAAGGCUGGCGUUCCUGCGUGCUGCUGCUGGCUGAGCCGUUGCCGUGUCACAACUACCUCUCCUGGGGCUCCUGGAUGGCUCUGGACGGGGCAGAACUACUGCUCUCUGAGCCUGGAUACUGAGAACUUUUCCUUUCAAAGCUUCUGUGCCAUAAAGGAUGUGCCACCAGCGUGGUGACACUCCCAGAUUGUUCCUGUCAGUGCCGAAAGCUUCGUGCCCGGGUGCGGCGCUUCCCUGCGGAGUCUCGUCGGAGGUGCUGAGCCUGGGCUGCUCUGCCCGCUGCCAUGUGGCAGUAGCAGCCCCCGUGGUACUUCUGAGCCAGAAAAGCCUUGCUAGGAAAGAUAAUCUCGGUUUUAUUUCUUUUUAACGCUGAUUUUGGGGUGAGAACAGCUGAGAUCGUACAAGAGCUGAUGCGUUGUUUGAUUUUUUUUUGGUUUUUUUAAACCUCUGUUUGGUGACGAUGUGAGACAGUGCUGGAGAUGAAUGUGAUCUUCCUUCUGAGCCUAGGAAGUUCCUGUGUGCAGCCUGGGAGUCCCCAGCAUGGCUUAGACCUGGCUGAGACUUGCUGUGAGACCUGCACUGCUCCAAAACCCGUGUCCCAAAGGCAGGGAGGCUCCCUGGGGAGGCUGUUGUCUGGCACCAGCUCGACAGUACUGCUGCCACCUCUUCCUCUCCCCUGGAAAGGGCUCUCUAGGGUAUAAGCCAACAGUGCAGAAAGGCUGGUUUCAAGGUUAUUGCUGUUUCUCGUGGCUCAGCGGAGCCAGUUGAGCUUGUGGUACUCUCCAGAGGGAUUUCCCAGGUCAGAGGUUGUUUAUGAGGAUAUUUUAAGGUUAGAAUUGGAAGCAGUGUGGUGUGGCCUUUGCUGAAGGUGAGCUGUGUGUCUCUGUGGGGCUGCUCACCUUUAAAGCAUGUUUAAAGCCUUUUUCUGUCCUACCUUUGCCCUCCUGUCGCAUGUGAACUGGGUCUGCUGGUGAAAGGCCUCUGUGUCCAUCAAACUGUCUGCUUCCUGAAGUGACUCAAGGUGUUGAUCCCUGUGCACCCAGACUGCCUGGGGGAAGAGGCAUCUCAGCAAAUGAGUAAUGCAGGUGCCACCAGGCAGACAAAAACUCCCAGUGUCCUGCUCUGGAGCUGUGGUCAGAACAGGGGCUUGUUUCCUGAUGAAAAACAAGCUGGUGCUGUUUGGGUUUGAGGAGGGAGGGAGGGUGGAACUUUUUUCCUGUUGACUCACCCACCAUCUUCCUCCAGGCUGACAGCGUGGAGCGGGAGGAUGAUUAGUGGUGGCUCAUCUCUUAGUCACAGUGGUCUCGACCUCUGGUGUUCAGCUGUGCUCACAAAUUGAUAAAUAACUCACUUCUCAUUGCUCCCUCUGUCAGACCUGUAGUAUCUGAUUUUCAAGGCUGUGUUGAGCAAUACUUGCACUACCACCUGCCUGACCUGCUUCACCUCUGCACCACAAAGCUCUGAUUUGGGAGGAUGCCCCAGGGGCUUGGCUGGGACAUCACCCGAUUCCAAACGGGAGCUCAGUGGUUAUCUGCAACUGGGAACUGUGGAGAAACAUGCCCUGGAGUGCUUGUCCUCCUCUUGGCAGUGUAACCUCUGAGCUUGGACUGGAAAAGUGGGAGUUACACCUGGCUGUGGCACCUCGGUGCAGCCAGAGCUCAGCCUGCCCUCCCUGCUUGUGGUGGCAGAAAUAGGGGGGGAUUCCGAGCACAGCUGAUGCUUGGGGGCUGAAUUCCUCUUUCCUCAGUGAUUCCUCUGUCUGCCCUUGUGCUCCUGUACAGUACAGAUCCCUGUAUCGGCACUUUAGGACUUUUCCCCAUCUCGCUGUGGUACCUCACCCGUUUCUGAUAUUCACGGACUUACAAGUCACCACCUUUGCACUGACAGCCCCUGCCGUGAGUCCUGGCACGUGUGUGUCGUCGGCUUGCCCAGGCCAUCCUUCCAGCAGGAGCAGGGCAGGUUCCUGGCAGCUGCCAGAGCCAGCGUGGCCCUCUCCUGCUUCUGUGACUGCUGCCAGCCCAGCAUGUCCCCGCCUCCCGCACGGCCGCACCGGCUCCCUCCUGGCUGCCAGGGAGAGGAGGUGUUAAACCUGACCGAGAAUUCAUCGGAGCAAAGUCCCCCCGUGGCGGGAGGAAGGGCUCCUGUUUCCCGCUCGCUCCUCCCGACUGCCAUCCCUGCUCUGCUCUCCACUAACCUGCUGCUUCCAGCUCCCACCUGAGGAGGGUCAGCCAUAGCUGUAGGAGAUCUUAACCCUACACAGGUUUUCAUUUCUCAGAGAACAGUGCUCAGAUUUCCUUUCAUCCGGUGGCAAUCCCUUCAGGGCAGCUCCACAGCCGCCUUGCCUUGGCAGGGAGGUGCUACCUAUACUCUAGCAAUAUUCACCGUGUUGGGAGGGGUGGGAGAGGUGCUCCAGGGGCAGGAGCUGAUGGCUCCGUGCCCUCAGGCCAGUUCUUUGGUUUUCCUGGAGUGAGGGGUAUCGCGGGUGGGGGAUUGUCCCGCAACAGACCCAGCGGCACAUCUUGUAUGGGAGACGGGACACAGGACUGUGCCCCACAAAAUGGCCUUUAUUAAAACAAGAAGACAGUUUAUAUACAGGGGGAUACAGAAGGUUCAGGAACAGAGGUGGGUUUCUUGCUAGGGAACAUCAAAUCCUGAAAGUUAGUGAUAAGUGAACUUGGAGGGAUAGGCUGCAUGGAAUAUGUCUGGUCACAUAUGGCAGGGGAAGGGAGAGCUUAGGGAUGAAUGGAAGGAUUGUCCUGGGGGCAGAGACAUGGGAAUCUGCAGAGGCUGCAAGGCUGCGGCCUUGUAGCUGGGUCCCAAGCAGUUCUGCGCAGCUGCAGUUGCUAGAAGACUUCGAGAGAGAUCUCUUCUUCUGAGCCUUCCUUGUAGCUCUUUUGCAUCUCUCUCCACUCUCUGUAGGCCUCUUCUGGUCCACCCCCGACAUUUCCCCCUUCUCUGUUUUGCAAGACUGGAAAAGCUUGGGAAAAUCUUUUAGUCAUGGAUUUUUU